AAAAUCAUUCAAAAUGUGAUGUGAUAAAAUCACAAAGUAUAAAAAUAAAUAUUCUCUACAUAUUACAACUUUCUAUGAAUCCUCUGUGAUAGUAACAAGACUACAGAUUUUGUUUUGUCAAAUGUCUGAAGAAGAUUAUCCAACUAAAUCAAAAAAUACAAGUGAUGAUGACCUGAAUACUUCUAACAUUGGGUCCAAUACACACGAUUAUGAUGAUGACGAUGAGGGUGAAGAGAUAACAGCUCAAAAGGUGUUAGAAUUUUUAGAGACAGCUUGGACUAAUGAAAUUUGUGCACCUGAGAUCCUUCCACACCAAAGCGAUAUGCUUGAAUUGAUGAUGGGUCAGGUUGCACACAUGGAAGAUAAUAUGAAAGAUUUAGAUAAGAAUGAUUUUCGUUAUGUUGUACAUCAAAUGGAGUUAGAGCGUAUUCGUUAUAUUAUAGCCAGUUAUUUAAGAUGCCGUUUACAAAAAAUUGAAACUUUUAGCAAACACAUACUAAAUGAAGAGUCCAAUCGUGAACCGGAUGAAAAACGUUUAUCCCCUGAAGAAACGAAAUUUGCUCAGGAAUACUACGAGAAUGUUGAACAAUACUUCCAACAAGUCGCAUUACAAUAUAUGCCAAAUAUGCAAAGAUCUGAAGCUGAUCAGCGAGUAGUUAGACCAAACCUUAUGAGUCAUGUUUUCAUAAAAGCGAACGUAUCAGUUCCUGCUGUUGUCGUUGGAGUGGAUGAUGAAGAAGUGGAUUUAGCUGCUGGCUCUCAACAUAUUAUUCCAUAUCAAUUAAUUGCUGAUUUAAUACAAAAGAAUCAGGUUCAACUUAUAUAAAUUAUACUUUUUUUUAAAUUGUACAUUAUUUUUUUUUAUAUAAAUCUAUUUAAACCGAUAUACAUUCAUCAUUUUACUAAAAAAUUAUAAAGUCGAGAUCAAAAGUAAAUGUUCAAUAAAACAUUUUACCAUAACAUAUUCAA